ACGGAAGCUCCUGGAGAUGGUCUAACCGAGCAAUCUCGAGCUGGGCCCACUCUACGGUCUUGCUUACUCGGUCUUCUCCCCGUCCCGUCCCGUUUGGUUCCAACCAUCGCCGAGCUCCCGCCGCCGUAAAAGAUGGCCGACGGCAACACCCCGGCCUCGCCGCCUCCCGCUUCUCCGCUCCAGAGGCACCGCUACGCCAUCAAGUCCUCAGUGCACAAUACCGCAGCUAGCCGGAGGCGGGAACAGGCUAUCGCAAUAGGGAAGGAAAGAAGGGAAGCCUUGAUCCGUGCAAAGCGCGUGUGCCGCACCCCGCUUUCUGGUAGCGAUGAUGCUGGCAUUGAGGAGGAUGAUAUGGUUGUUGAUAAGGAGAAAGAAGGUCUUGAAGCAAGAACUGCUCAAGCUGUUGAAGAAUUGAAAUCAGCUUUGUCAAGCCAGGGGAAAGGGGCCCAGAAGAAGAAGACAGAGGUGCUUCGUGCUUUGAGACGCUUGCUGUCACAGUCUGAAGUACCUCCAAUUGAAGCAGCAAUUAAAGCUGGAGCAGUUCCUCUUUUGGUACAAUAUCUGUCUUUCGGAUCUUCAGAUGAACAGUUGCUAGAGGCCGCUUGGUGCCUUACAAACAUAGCAGCUGGGGAACCAGAAGAAACAAAAUCGUUGCUGCCCGCAUUACCAUUGCUUGUUGCUCACCUUGGUGGUUCGGUUUCUCCCUUGUUGAGGAAAAAGAGCUCCACACUUGUUGCUGAGCAAUGUGCGUGGGCCAUUGGCAAUGUUGCUGGUGAAGGAGCAGAUCUGAGAAGCACAUUACUCGCACAGGGUGCUUUGUGGCCUCUUGCCCGCUUAAUGCUGUCAAGCAAGGGUUCGGCAGCAAGAACUGCUGCAUGGGCAUUGUCAAAUCUCAUCAAGGGGCCUGAUCCCAAGGCUGUGAAUGAGCUUAUUGGCAUCGAGGGUGUGCUAAAUGCGAUCGUACAGAACUUGGAAAAGGCGGAUGAAGAGCUAGCAACUGAGGUGGCGUGGGUAGUGGUAUAUCUUUCAGCACUUUCAGAAAAAGCUAUUAGCUUAAUAGUGAGAAGCCAUGUGCCUCAGUUGCUGAUUCGACGUCUGCUAGCAUCUGAGAACUUACAGUUGCUCAUUCCGGUACUUCGUGGUUUAGGAAAUGUUGUAGCUGGGGAUGGAUACAUGGUUGAUUCAAUCCUAAUUGUUGGGAACAAUAUCACAGAUCAAGCUUUAUCAAGUCUUAUAAAAUGCUUGAGGAGUGACAAUAGGGUUCUCAGGAAGGAGGCUUCAUGGGUAUUGUCAAACAUAGCAGCAGGCAGCUUUGAGCACAAGAAAUUGAUUUUUACCAGUGAGGCCACACCUGUGCUGAUACACCUCCUGAAUAAUGCACAAUAUGAUAUCCGUAAGGAAGCAGCCUACACCCUGGGCAACCUGUGUGUUGUCCCAGCAGGAAGUAGUGAACCCCCAAACAUAAUCGUGGAACAUUUAGUCUCGAUCAUAAACAGUGGAGCCCUCCCAGGAUUCAUAAAUUUGCUCAGAUCUGCUGAUAUAGAGAGCGCGAGACUUGGACUUCAGUUCCUGGAACUGGCCAUGAGGGGAUAUCCCGAUGGACAAGGCCCAAAUCUUGUGGAGAGGGAGGAUGGCAUUGAGGCUAUGGAGAGGUUCCAGUUCCACGAGAACGAUGUGAUGAGGAACAUGGCGAAUGGAUUGGUUGACAAGUAUUUCGGUGAGGAUUACGGCGUAGAAUGAGAGCCGGUGUUGUUGGAUGCCAUCCAUCCAUCCAUACAUACAUACAUAGACCUGGAUGAACUCAGAGUUGUGCUCAGAUUGUAAAACGCAUGCAUUCUUGUGCAUGCAAUCGUAGAACACAAUGCUGUUGAAUGUCUUUGUGAUUGCCCA